AUGCUACCUCAAUGGUGCUUUGUCUGCUUUGAAAAUCAUUCCAGUCUGCCAGCUGUACAGAAACAUAUGGCACAUCACUUGAGACCAAUGUCAUUGCUGGCACUUCCUUGGCUUGAUGAUAUCGAACAAGAGCAAGAAUUUGCAAGUGACAAAUCAAUGAGUGAAAGGCAUUCUAGUGAUUAUUCUGAAAGCUUCGAACUUGCUGAACUUCCCGACAGAGUUGACCUUGCUGACGAAAUAUUAUGGGUCUUGGACAACAACCCUAUUGGGUUAUCACCAGAAGGGGUUUAUCUUCCAGACGAUGAUUACGUUACGCUAUUGAGAAGAAAUAGGAUACGAGCUGCCCUUGGUGGUGGUCACGAGGUUUCCGCCUUGGUCAAGUAUAUUCUUAACCACGCAAAAAAGGCAUUUGCGACGCUGGUGCUGGUAUUUCCCAGUUAUAAAGAUCGUCGCGAUGUCAUGGCCUCCCUAACGGAGAAAGAAUUCAACGGCACGAUCUUAGAAUCCUACGAAAUCGACCCGUUGUACUUUCAACAUAGGUUGUGGAACGAGAGAACAAUUGACGAUUUCAAAAACAAGCGGCUAUCAUUCAUUCUCCCCAUGUUUGAUAUCGAUGUUUUCAAAUAUGAAUUCGAUAAAAAGCAGAUUCUUCCAUUUACGGUUAUUGACGAAGCAAAUACUCCGUCAAGAAGUGGCCACUUCAGCGAAGUUGAAUGUGUGGAAAUGCUGGCCAGUAAGCAGAAUAAGAUCAACGUAUCUGGCAAGACGGUGAGGGUCGCUUUGAAGAAGUUGAAAAUUUUUGGCGACCCUGGCUAUAACAUUCAUAAGGAAUGGGAGCGUGAGGCAAGAGCUCACCAACAGCUGAAUUGUUCAAGUGAAAAAAUCAUUCAAGCUUUUGCCGCCUACCGUCAAAUUGGGACAAAUAGACAGCUCGACGAAUACUAUCUUGUACUUGAAUGGGCCAAUGGCGGAAGCCUCUUUGACUUCUGGGAGAACAACCCUGAGCCACAAGUGGAUUGUCCCGACGUUGGUAGGGCUCGACGAAGGGUAAAAGAAUUGCUGGGGCAGCUACAUGGACUAGCGGAGGCUCUUGAAGCAAUGCAUUCUACUAGUGCUCGUACCCCUGGAAACAACAGAAAGAAUUCUGCGUCAAACUCGCCUAGACUCCAAUCAGAGAGGACUGCAACCUGGGAGGAGGAUGCUUUUGAUAAUGGUGGACCAUAUGUGGAUAGCUCUUCCUUGCCUACGUUCAACUUCGUCUCCGAGGAAGAGAGAAAUGACAAUACAACAACACCAAGCAUCUUGGUUUCUUCUGAUACUGCAAGUUCAAAAGCAAUCGAAAGUUCUGACUCGCUGUAUUGGUUCCAUAGCAAUAUUAGACCGGAGAAUGUAUUACGUUUCACUACCGGCCAACAACAUGAUAAAUUAGGGAUCCUUAAGCUCGCAGAUCUGGGAAGAGCUCAACAGCAUCCAUCUAUGAAAAGCAUGAGUCACACCAAAGAGAUGAGCCUUUGGAGAACACAGUGGUACGAUCCACCAGAUCUAGAGAAAAAGAAUCAUGAGGAGGCUCAAGGCAGAAUUUCACCUUUAUCUGAUAUUUGGUCCAUGGGCUGUCUAAUCUUUGAAGCCAUACGGUGGUUAAUACAUGGACACGAGUCCCAUACUGUCUUCUUGAGAGCCAAUGGAUUCAACAAUGAAGGAAAACGUGCAACACCAUAUUGGCGGGGAAGGGGAGAUGGAAGCUAUGGUUGA